CGAGGCGAUGAUGUUCCUAAUGGGACAUCUUCGUCUUGUUCAUUUUCCCACCGGAUGCUGGGCUUUAUGCCGAGCUUCGGAGGGGAAUUAAUUGGGUUAUAACCUUUGGAUUCCUCCAUGUGUUUACAUCGGCGGAUCCGAAUGAACUACACGGCAUCAAGCAUCUGUACGAUGCUUCAUGUCGUGGGAUGAUCGUUAGACGACGAUAGCAGAAUUAUGCUCCAGGUGAUUACUGUUAUAAUUUUUUUUCUCAUUUCGAGGGCCGUUUAUCGAGUACGUAUUUUCCGAUCGCCGAUCUCUGCACCCUAUGCACGAUACAUACUACAUAUCAUUUCAACGUUCCUUCCUAUGGUGGGGUACUUGGAUAGCCAAGCGCCUAAAUGUGAUAAAUGACAGCGAUGUCGAGGACAAAAGAGUAGGCGAUCCCCAGCUGCAUGGACUGUGUAGCCUGCAUGUCGC